AUGGCGCCGCCCCCGCGCCAAAGGCUGAACGUCUCUAAAGAAAGAUUCUCUUUACUUUUCAGUACUGCGAAGACUCAAACCUACCACGAUCCUGGAUCAAGAGGGCCAGGUUUUCACAGUCUACGGACGAUUGCCUGGAAUCCCCUGGGUACCUUGAUAGCCGCUGGAUCUGCAGAUCGAACCCUACGGGUUUGGAAUCCAGACCGUCCUAAUGUGAAAUACUCCACAGAUCUCAAAGGUCAUGCGGCAGGGAUUGAGAAGGUCGCCUUCAAUCCUGUAAAGGACGCUGAGCUGUGUAGUGUAAGCAGCGAUGGCGUCGUCAAAUUUUGGGACGUGCGUACAAAAGCCGUGGUCAAUGAAGUAAAAGGUCUCGGCGAUGCCUUCACGUUGGCAUGGUGUCCAGAUGGAGAAACACUCGUGGUUGGGAACAAGGCUGAUAAUAUAUUUAUCUUGUCACCAACGCAAUCGACACCAAUAGCAUCUCAUCAACAGUCUGUUCAAACAAACCAGAUAGCAUUUUGCUUUAGUGGCAAGAAGAUUUUCCUCACAACCGGGGAAGGGAAAACUAAAAUUCUUUCAUACCCUGACUUUAAGCCGAUUUUUCAUUACAGCUAUGACCCAGAUACCCCUUUUACACUUAAUGGCCAUACCUCAUCUUGUCUCUCAAUCGAGAUGCAACCUACCGGGCGAUUCCUUGCGACUGGCGGUUCGGACUCUAUCAUAGCCCUCUGGGAUACAACGGAUUGGAUAUGUCAGCGGACGUUGAUUGACAUGACUGGGCCUGUUCAAAGUAUCAGUUUUAGUUUCGAUGGGAGUUUCAUCGUGGGCGGCAGCGAUGAGGGCUCUGGAUUGGAGAUUGCACACACGGAGACUGGGGAAUAUGUUCACAGCGUCAAGACAUCAGGGGCGUGCCCUGUUGUUGCCUGGCACCCAUCCCGGUAUUGGCUUGCCUAUACUGAUCUCGGCAGUCUAAAGAUCGUUGGUAUUGAUCCAGAAAGGAGAUAA